AUGGACGGCCGUGGUGGGGCUGGGGCGUCGGGGUACGGCGAGGAGGGCGAGGACGACGAUGACGAAGAGGAGCGGGAGAGCGGCAUUGCGGCCACGCAGGGGUCCAGACUGCCUCCCAUCGCGGGCGGCACCGCAGAACUGGCCAAACGGAAGGUGAAGAAGAAAAAGAAGAAGAAAAAGACCAAGGGGUCAGGCAAAGGCGACGAUAAACAGCAGAGCCGAGGCCUGAAGAGUCCGUGGUUUUCUCCAUCUUCUCAUGACAUCUUAAGUCCCAGCAAAGAUCAGGGCCCGGAGCAAGAGCAGGGACAGGCCAAAGAGGACAGCAAGCACAUCCUCUCUUACCCUGCCACGGCCAGCCUCCCCCACUUUGCUGAGGUAGAAGAGAACCUCUCGCACCAGAUGAACGAAAGCCUGCGUUGGGAUGGGAUUCUGGCCGACCCCGAGGCCGAAAAAGAAAGGAUUCGAAUAUAUAAAUUGAACCGGAGGAAGCGGUACCGGGUUUUCGCCCUCAGGGGCUUCCGCUCUGACCAGGGUGCCGAGGAGACAGUGGAGAACCUUCCCUACCUCUCGGACAGAGACAGCCACUCCAACAGCAGGCCGCCCCCUCUGAAGGCCGACCGCCCACACCACUACUUGGAAGCAAACCUGACUCCAAAGACCCUACAUGCGGAUUCAGCUCCUGCUCUGCCGGAAUGAAAACCACCCUCGACGCUGACGAGUGUGCAGGUUAUCUGGACCACAAGUUGCUGUGUGAAAAAAAUAAUUGGUAAUAAAAGGAAAUCAGACCUAUAUCUGAAGGAAGCAGACGCUGGUACGGUAAUGAGAUCCACCCCUCCCUGCACCAGGACGCCCUUAAUUGCCAAGGAAAGCCACAGUUCCUUAA